AGUAAUGCAAAUUAGUUAAUUAUGCCGCUUUAUAAAACUGCAUCAAAUUUGGAUGAAGCACACAUACUUAUUAAAGACCAUGAACUUGAGUAUACUGUUCGAUUUAGUACAUCCUUUUCUACCAAAGACUUUGGAAAUACUGAUUUAAAGAAAAAACCCCACAAAAUUAUUGGUCUACUGAUUCCAUUGAGUUUUCUGGUAUACCAUUCAUGAUGAUUGGCACAAAAAUUUUUGAUUGCCAUCAUGGAUAUGAUAGAAACUUAAGUAGGAAAGAAUACAACAAACAAAACAGAAAAGCAUUAAACAUUGAUCAUGAUUGCAGAAGAAAAUAUGCUAGAAUACAGAAUUGUAAGAAAUUUGAUUGCCCAGCUCAACUUAUCAUAACAGAAUACUUAGAAUUUCCAGAAUAUAAACUUAUAUUGGAUACUGUCAGAAAUAGAAAAGCAAAAUCAAAAGAGCUACGAUAUGCGAUAAUGUUAUCUAAGAAAAAAAUCUAUCAAAUCAGAAAAUUUUGUGUUGCAGUACCAGAUAUUUAAGCACACAAUGGUCAUAUAAUUACCAAGGAUGCUGGUAUAACUCAGAGAAUUGACCCUGAACUGGUAUCUGCUAUUGACAUGUAUGUUAAGGAAGGUGUAUUGAGCACAAAAGAAAUGAAGCGCUUAUUAAAAAUCCAAGUGAAAAACAGUUUCAGUAAAGCCGGUCAUAUUCUACCAGAAUUCUCAAAUAAAAGAUUUUAUCCCCGUAAUUCCACUAUCCACAAUCACAUAACAAUUUCUAGACGAAAAUUAAGUAAAUCUCUUAUUGAUCAAGAAUGUCUUCAGUCAAAAAUUAAGGAAUGGAGAGCAUUAGAUCCUACUAUAAGUAUAUUCUUUAGACCUAAAGGGCAUUUUGAAAAAGACCUUACUGUAGACAGUGACCAUGAAGAUGAUAAUGUGAAACUAACAGGUGCAAGUGAAACCUCUUUGCUCUUUGUCUAUCAAAAUAAAUGGCAGAAGAGGCUGUUAGCUAAAUAUGGUAAUGAACUAGUUUUAUUGGAUGCAACAUAUCGUACCACACGUUAUGCAUUGCCACUUUUCUUUUUUGUGGUAAAAACCAAUAUUGAUUAUCAAGUGGUUGGAUUAUUUGUAUGUGAAAACGAAACUGAGGAUUCAAUCAGUGAGGCUCUUUUGUAUAUUAAGUCUUGGAAUAAUGACUUAAAUCCAAAGUAUGGAAUGUCAGACUAUUGUGUUGAAGAGAUUAAUAGUUUAGAGAAGGUUUUUGUCGUUAAAGUUUUUUGGACUAACCCAAAAAAUUUCCUGUAAACGCCCCUGGAGAGACUUGACAAAGUAGAAGAAAACUCUAAAGAAAAUGCAAACAAAAUAAAGAUAAUAGUAAAAGAUAUCGAAGACAUAAAAUUGAGCUUAAAUUUUUGUGAUGAAGUUUUUGACAAAAAAAUCGCAACUAUUCACAAACAAAACAACGAGCGAGUAGAAAAGGAAAAUAUUACAACGCAAAAUAUAUAUGAAAAGCUAAGAAAGUUUAAAGAUAGAUCGAGAAGAAAUAAUUUAAGAAUAGACGGGUUACCAGAAAGUGUAAAAGAAACAUGGAAUGAAACUGAGGAUAAUAUCAAAUUAUUUUUAGUAAAUAAGUUGGGGCUAAAUGGAAUAGAAGUUGAACGAGCUCAUCGAACUGGAGCCAGAAAAGACGGAAGCUCCAGAACAGUUAUAAUGAAGUUGUUAAGGUACAAUGAUAAAACAAAAAUUCUAAAAGAAACAUAUAGACUAAAAGGUACAAACAUUUACUUAAAUGAAGAUUUUUCCUAUGAGACUGGUAAUAUUAGGAAAAGACUCCUGGCUGAAAUUAAAAGAAAGACGCAAUAAUGGUGAAAAUGUUGGUUUAAGGUACAAUAAAAUUAUUAAAUUAAACAAAAUCAAAAAAAAUAAUAAUAACUCUUAUUUCUUAUAUUUAUAUCUUACACGCAUAUGAAUAUAUUUAUAUAUCUUAUUAUAUUUAAUUUUUUUUGUUUUUGUUUUUUAAACAGUUAAAUUUUUAAUUAUGACAAUGACGGAAACAAAAUAUUUUGAAAUUUUUGAUAAAGAAAACACUCUUCUUCUGAACAAUAACAAUGACCCUGGCAAAAAAAAUUUUGAAAACAACUCAUUUAUGUCUAAUUACUAUGUUAUCGAAAAAUUAUUUUGUUUUAUCAAUGCGUCACAAAAUACUUUUUUAGCGCUGUCAUUAAAUAUACGCAGCAUGAGCAAAAACUUUGAAAACUUUAAAGAAAUGCUGAAAGACAUAAGUCACGAGUUUACGGUAAUAUGCCUUUUAGAAACAUGGUGCAAAGACGAAAAUACCAUAAACUCAAAUUUUCAAUUACAAGGAUAUUAAGCUCUCCAUCAAACUCGUAGUAGAGAUACUGGCGGAACAAUAUGUUUCUACAUACAUGAUACAAUACACUUUAAAAAAGUGAAUGUGAACUUUUCACGGUUGAAUUAAAAAACCAAAGUAAAGCAAAUGCGUAUAUAACUGGCUUAUAUAGACCACCAGAUGGCAAUAUAAAAUCUUUUAAAAAACAUAUAAUUCAGUACCCAGAACUAGCUAAAAAUAAGCACUUAUACAUAAUGGGAGAUACUAACUUGGAUCUUUCAAAAAUAAAAACUAAUAACAAUGUCAAACGCUUUUUAAAUAAUUUCUUAUAGCACGGCGUAGUACCCUUAAUAAAUAAGCCAACUCGAGUAACUCUCCGAACUGCUACCCUAAUUGAUAACAUAUUUACAAAUAAUACCAUAAAAUGUAAUAUUCAAAGCGGAAUAAUAAAAUCUGACAUAAGUGAUCAUUUUCCGAUAUUUCUUCUACUUAACUAUUUCAACAACAAAAAAGAAAACAAAACAAUGAUUAUAACAAAAAGGCAAAUAAAUGAAAAAAAUAUAACAAAGUUCCGAAGUAACUUAUCAAUGGAAAACUGGGAUCAGGUUGUUAAUUGCAAAGACACUAACACAGCUUACGAUGUUUUUAAACAAACUUUUACAAGUUGGUACGAAAAAAGCGUUUCCGAAGCUUAAACAAUCAGCUAAACUCAAAAACCUUAAAAGUCCAUAGAUGACAA